CACCCCAUAAUGUGUAGUCGCCGCUUUUUCAUCAUCGAUUUUUAGGGUUUUAAGGGUUUAAGCUUUUUACAACACUCAUGGCUUCCAACGGUAAGCAACACGAACAAGACGAAGAGCUUUUCAAACGAAUCGAAGACGAAGAAGAAGAUUAUGAAGAAGAAGAAGAAGAAGACGGCGAAGAAGGAUGGGACGAUUGGGAAGGAGACGACGGUGAUCCACAAUCGGAAUUGCUCUGCCUCUUCUGUGAUUCUCGCUACGCUUCUUGCGAUUCCCUUUUUGCACAUUGCGCUUCCAUUCACCACUUCGAUUUCCAUGCCACUCGAAAAGCUCUUACAUUGGAUUUCUAUUCCUCCUUCAAGCUUAUUAACUAUAUCCGCUCUCAGGUGGCAGAUAACAAAUGUUGGAGCUGUGGAUUGACAUGUCAGUCCAACCAAGACUUGCUGAAUCAUCUGCAUGAUGCAAUUGACUUAAGUGAUAUAAAGAUUAAGUGGGAUGAUGAUAGAUAUUUAAAACCCUUUAUGCAAGAUGAUUCACUGUUGUACAGUUUUGUUGAUUAUGAAGAUGGGGAAGAUGAGCAAAUCCCAUCAAUGGAUGAAGAUCUUAUGAUGGAUUUGAAGAACUCUAUAGACACUCUCGAUUUGAAAAAUGUGGUAGUUACUGAUGGUGUACAUGAUACGAGUAGCAGCCAGAAGGUUGCUUCUGUUCCUAAUGAUCAUUUGAACCAGGCUAGUUCUUCAGACAAGGAACUGGUUAAUGGCAAGAACUCUAGAGCAUAUGUGCCCUCAAUUGAUGAGGCUAGAGAAGAAGGGCUCUUGUUGGCCAAAUCUCAAAAUCACAUGGAAAAGCAGAUUAAGAUGGUUAAUGAAAGUUAUUUUGGAUCUUAUAGCUCAUACGGCAUCCACCGUGAGAUGUUAAGUGAUAAGGUGAGAAUGGAUGCUUAUGGCCAGGCAAUUUUGAAAAAUCCUUCUCUCCUAAAUGGUGCUGUGGUUAUGGAUGUAGGUUGUGGAACUGGCAUCCUGAGCCUAUUUGCAGCUCAAGCAGGGGCAUCACGGGUCAUAGCAGUUGAGGCUAGUACCAAGAUGGCAGCAGUAGCAUCUCAGGUUGCACAAGAUAACGGUCUCUUACUGGAUAAAAGCCAGUGUGGUGUGAAUGGCCAUCAAAAGGGAGUGGUAGAAGUGAUUCAUGGUAUGGUUGAAGAAAUUGACAAAAAUGUUGGAAUUAAACCUCACAGUGUUGAUGUAUUGUUAAGUGAAUGGAUGGGAUAUUGCCUGCUAUACGAAUCCAUGCUUGAUUCUGUGCUCUAUGCACGCGACCGGUGGUUGAAGACUGGAGGUGCCAUUCUUCCUGACACAGCAACUAUUUUUGUUGCAGGAUUUGGAAAAGGUGGCACAAGUCUUCCAUUUUGGGAAAACGUGUGUGAAUUUGACAUGUCUUUCAUUGGGAAGGAACUUGUCAAAGAUGCUGCCCAAAUUCCUAUAGUCGAUGUUGUGGACUCUCAAGAUUUAGUUACCAGUUCUGCGGUUCUUCAGACCUUUGAUUUGGCAACCAUGAAGCCUAAUGACGUUAAUUUCACUGCAACUGCCACUUUGGAACCAAAAUCAAGAGUUUUGGAAUAUGGAGAAAUGCGUGUAGAUUCUGAAACAUGCUGUCGGUGUUAUGGAGUUGUAUUGUGGUUUGAAACCGGAUUUACAAGCAGAUUCUGCCGUGAAGCGCCAACUGUGUUAUCAACAUCUCCUUACACACCAAAAACACAUUGGUCACAAACAAUCUUAACCUUUAAGGAACCCGUUGAGAUUGGAUUUCAGAAAGGAAACAAUGGUGAUCUGGCAGCAAUCGGCACUGAGGACUUUCCUGCUGCAAAGGUUGAUGUGCGUGUCAGCAUUGUACGUUCCACAGAGCAUCGCAGUAUUGAUAUUUCAUUAGAAGUUGUCGGUGUUAGUCCUGAUGGCCGGAGACGCAGUUGGCCGGCUCAAUUUUUUUCUUUGCAGUAGAGUUUAUACACCACAAUAGCAAAGAUCUUCAUACUGGCAUCUUGUUGGCAGCCAGUUACAAAAAUGUUUUAGAAUGUUGUAACCCUUUUCAUAGGUUUCCAUUUUUGUCGAGGAAAUAGGUCCUUUUCUUAAUUAUUUUUUAGAAUGUUGUUUUAGGCUACGUUAAUCGGUAAAAUUUUGAAUCGUGAUAAAAUAUAAAAAAGAUAUAAGUAGCCAUAUUAUUG